UGGACAUGCUACGUCCAUGGUUUAAAUUAAUUUAGGGUUAUGAUGCACAAUGGAGUAUCUAUCAAACAAUAUAUUCUUUAUUAUAUUAACCUGGAGUUUCGCGAUUUCACCGACUACUGCGCAUUAUUGCGUAUGGGGCUUAUGUGAAUCGUCAGAGUAUUGUUGCGACGAAAAUGUAUGCUGCAGCUACAAAGACUACGACAUAUGGAUCACUGUGAUAAUCAUAGCUGGAGUUGUAAUUGGAAUGAUACUGGCUGGUACAUGUCUUUACUAUAAUCUAUGCCGUAUCUACCUUUAUCUGCAACGAAGAUACCAUGGUAUCAAUUCUGUAUCGAUGCCAUCGGAAUUUGAUUCUGAAGGAAAAUCAAUAAUCAUUUCAUGAGUAAAAGAAGUGUAAUUCAUCAAUAUACUAUAAUAAUAAUAUUCCAUUUGUAAAUGUAAUCAGUAAAUUAGGUAAAAUUAUAUUUAAUUUUGUUUAAAAAAAA